AUGACAAAUUUGGAAGAAAUGCGUAAGGAAGUGGACCUCCUUCAAAAGGAGGUAGAGUUUCAAAAGAAUUUGGCUGACUACUGGAAAAGGCGGUGGAAACAAGAAUAUGCUGAGAAAAUUGAGUUGCUAUAUAAGAACAUAGAACUGGAAAUGAAAUACAAAGAAACUUCUCAUGCUGAUCAGGCCAUGACUUCUCGUGCGACUUGUGGAUACUGUGGUAAGCCCAACCACACAGAGAAUGAAUGUUGGAAGAAAUCGAAAAAGUGCUUGUAUUGUGGUAGCACUGAACAUCAGAUUUCAAGUUGCCCCAGUGCCCCUAACAAAAGGAAGAAAUACUCAGCAGCCAAUUAG